CUUAAAAAAUCAAAACAGAGUUCAAGGCCAGCCUCGACUAUAUGGUAAGUUUGAGGCUAGCUCUCACGGUAUGCGGUCUUGUCAGUAGGAGGGAACAAGGAUGAGCGGGAAGAAAAGGAGGAGGAGGAGGAGUUGGCCACAAAAAUGUCGUGACUUAUCCAAAGUCACAAAGUCAGGCCCGGGACUGAGUGCUGUCCUUGGUGCUGCUGAAAACCAUUUGACCUCUUUUCUCCUAAACAUCACAGCACCUAGCAGGGAUUUGCUUCCUCCUGGAGGCUGCUGCACUGCCGCUCACCGAGCCUCUUUCUUGACACAGACUUUUGCAAAACCUUCCAUUCAUAAACUGCGCCGCUCUGUCUCCUGAACCAUAAAUUGAUAGUAACCUCAGAAACGUUUUCUGUAACAUACAACAAAGCUUCUUCCGUGCCUUGAGGUUCAGAUAAGCAAACUUCGGGCUCGGCCAGUUAGGGUUUUAAAAAAAGGGACUCGUAGGGCCGAGCAUAAUGGCUCAGAGGCGAGCGGCUCUCUGUGAGUUCGAGGCCAGCUCGGUCUACAAAGAGAGUUCGAGGCCUGCUCGGUCUACACAGUGAGAACCUGCCUAGACAAUAAUUUUUAAAAAGGGAAGGGGAACGACGUCGGAAUCGGUCUCCAGGACCUGGCCGACCUCGCAGCUAGGAGCUCUGUCUGUCCUGGUGGAGGACUGACAGGCUUUCUGCCCCGCCCCGCCGCGGCCCCACCCAUCUACCCACUACGGCCCCGCCUCCGCGCCGCCCUGCCGCGCGCUUGCGCAGCACCGCCAGCCGGGGCCCCGCCCCUCGCGGAGCGAUCCCCGGCCUCAGGGACGGGGUUUAGCUACAAGAUGGCCGCCGCGCGCCCGGACCCCCCGAUUCCGAGCUCACCGACCCGGGAGUCGCCAUCCCCGGAGCCGUCGGACCUGGUCCUGGUGCCUGAUGGUGGUUACUCUGCCACUCCCCCAAGUGACCUCAUCGAGAUCCAGGUGGUAAAAGUUACAGAUACGACAUCGGUACCUGAACCCCCAGAGCCGGGAUCUUUCCACUGUGCCCUGUGUCCCGCGGCCUUCCACCUGGUCUCAGAGCUGCUGUUUCACGAACAUGGCCACCUGGCAGCCGUGGAGGGGCUUGGGCAGGGAGGGGACGCAAGCCGUUGUCACGUGUGUGGCCACAGCUGUCCGGGUCCUGCUAGCCUGCGUGCCCACUACAGCUUGCACACGGGAGAGCGGCCUUACCGCUGCCCACUCUGCCCACGCGCGUUUAAGGCCUUGGCACCCCUGCUCCGGCACCAGCACCGACACGGGGUGGAGCCGGGCAACCCUCGGAGGCUUCCACCCACAGCAUCAACUGGACAGCCAAACCCCAGGGUGGCCCAGGAGAGGUCGGAGGUGGUGAUGGCCGCGGCAGCUGCGGGGGCCGCGGUAGGCAAGCCUUUCGCCUGCAGGUUCUGUACCAAGCCCUUCCGGCGCUCCUCAGACAUGCGAGACCACGAGCGUGUGCACACCGGGGAGCGGCCCUACCACUGCGGCAUCUGCGGCAAGGGCUUCACACAGUCCUCUGUGCUGAGCGGUCACGCCCGUAUCCACACUGGCGAGCGCCCCUUCCGCUGCACGCUCUGCGACCGCACUUUCAAUAACUCCUCGAACUUUCGCAAACACCAGCGCACCCACUUCCACGGGCCAGGGCCUGGGGUGGGAGAGUCUGGAGGCCAACUGAGACCAACUUCGGUGGCCCAGGAAUCGGGGCGCAAGCGUGGGACAGAGAACACUACCGAAGAAGGGCUCGGAGAGACUGUGAAGGUGAAUGUGGAGGUUGACCAGUAGGCUGGGGAGUAGGAAGCAUGCCAUAGAGGAAGUGGAUGGACUAAUAGAGGCAAAAGCCAAGGAGAAAUAAUGAGCAGCUGGGAUUGGAGAGGUGAGAAGCCAGCAGGUUCUGGUCUCCAAGAAGCCCGCACUACACUUGAGACUCAGGAAAGAGGUACCUGCAAUUCUAUAGAUGUCCAGCUACAUGUGAAAAUACAGAGACAGCUGAGCAUGGCCCGUUCCUGUAAGACCAGUAUUCUGGAUGCUGAGGCAGGAGGAUUGUGAGGUCCAGACCAGCCCAGGCUGCAAAGCAAGACUUUAUCCACCACCACCACCACCUCUGGACUACCUCUGGACCAUGUAGGGGCUGCCCUAAGGUGAACUAGUAUGAAAUAUUUUGCCUACCUCAACUGGAUUGCACUGGUCCUGGGAUGUCUACCCUCCCUGGGCAGAAGAUGCCCACCAGGCCAUCUCUAAAGAAAUACUGGGAUGCCUUCUCCCUCAAAACCAGAGUAUCUAAUCCAUGAAUCUCUAGGAUGUGAGCCUGCCCAUGGAGAUUAAUGCUAAGCUCUGUUCACCUCUCCAUCCUACCCCAUAGUGGUCUCUCCUUAGCCUACCAGACCCUUCUGGAAGCAACUGAGAGCACACACUGCAGGCAAGCAAUCACCUGGUACACCUUUAAGCUUUAGGCACAGAGCCUGUGGUUUCCCAUGGCUACAAAGAAGUUUCCGUUUCUCUGUUUUCCUCCACGGUGAGGUAGAUAGCUUCCUGCUUACCCCGGGCAAUUCAGAGGAAGGGCUGGCUGAUGAUAACCUUGGUGUAGAGUAAGAGAAGACACUGAUGUAAGGGGCUAAAAGGACUCCGGAGCUGGAGUUUGGGGUGGGAUAGGGGCUUCCAGUCUGUUCCUAUUAAAAGACUUUCUGAAGUG